UUAAGAGUCUAGGGCUUGCUGCUGAAAAGCCCGCUGGAUCCUCCACUGACCUGCUCGUCUUUCCUGUUUUCCUCCCCCCCAUCAUAUUAAAAAACAAAAGGUUGCGCACACUCUGUCCUCCUCGUCCCUCCUCUUCCAUUCUGCAGCAGCGUGUGACAGGAGGAGGAAGCCCGAACAGAGGAGGUAGACCAUCCAUCUGUGUGUUUAUGUUUCUGUCAGCGGACGGCCGGGUGAAGAAGGGGCACCGGGAGACGUGAGGAACAAAAAGGGGAGACGAAGAAGAAGAAAGAAAGGAGAGAGGAUUGUUGGAUAGACCUGCGUUGGAUUGACUUUGCAAGAAGAAGUGGACUUUGUGAACUGGUGGAGGGCAGAGGAGUGGAGGGCCAGGGGACGAACCUGGCCAUCAAACGGACUGGAAUCCUCUCCUCUCCUGGGAUCAUGUACCCUCAGGGCAGGCAUCCGGUCCCCUUGCAACCUGGCCAGUCUUUCAAGUUCACCGUCCUGGAAACUCUGGACCGUAUCAAGGAGGAAUUCCAGUUCCUCCAGGCCCAGUAUCACAGCCUCAAGCUGGAGUGUGAGAAACUGGCCAGCGAGAAGACUGAGAUGCAGCGGCACUACAUCAUGUACUAUGAAAUGUCCUACGGACUCAACAUUGAGAUGCACAAACAGGCGGAGAUUGUCAAGCGUCUCAGUGCCAUCUGCGCUCAGAUCAUCCCUUUUCUCUCGCAAGAGCAUCAGCAACAGGUGGUGCAAGCAGUGGAGCGAGCCAAACAGGUCACCAUGGCUGAACUCAAUGCCAUCAUCGGGCAGCAGCAGCUCCAGCACCUGUCCCAUCACGCCCCGGGUAUCCCCCUCACGCCGCACCCGUCCGGCUUGUCUCUGGGCGCGGGCGGCUCCGGGCUCCUGGCGCUAACGGGGGCCUUAGGGGUGUCUGCUCACCUCGCCGCCAAGGAUGAGCGAAACCACCUUGACCCAGAACAUCUCAGAGAGGGGGCACCCAGCAGGAGUAAGUCGGCGUCGUCGACGGACAGUCAACCCCCGGAUGAGCGUCAGGGCCCAUCGGGCGGUUACGCCCCUUCGCAGGGAGGAACGGAGGCCAAGAGGAGACGCUGCGACGAAAAAGAGACCCUCGCGCCGCACUCUUAUGAAAGUGAUGGAGACAAAAGUGAGGACAAUCUGGUCGUGGACGUGUCCAAUGAGGACCCCAACUCCCCUGUAGGCAGUCCACCUCAUUCUCCCCGUGGGAACGGUUUGGACCGGGCUCCUGCCUUAAGGAAAGAGCUCCCGGGCUCCUCGGGUCCUGCAGAGACCCCGUCCACCCCGAACCCGUGUAGCCCCGCUCCAGGCAAAGCCAAGGAUCCCUCACAGAUGGAUAAGUCGCAGUCGCCCUUGUCCAAGUCCAGCACCCCGUCGCCAUCCCACCGUGAGGCCCUCACCCCGGGAGCUCCUGGAGCGCCCGGUCCCAGCACAUCCUGCCUUCGCCUGGUCAGCAAAGCGGCGUCUGCGGCUGACCCCCUAGCACUCCGCAGCCCCAUGUCUGUGCCCUCCGGUUCAUACCCGGCUCAUUUUGGCGUGGUGUCCCACGCAGGACUCAACGGGGAGCUGGCCAGUCCCGGAGGUUUCGGCGGGCCUCUAACUCUCUCGCCCCAAAUCAGCGCAGCGGCCAGCGCCUACGCCCGAAGCCCAAUGGUGGCUUAUGACUCUCGGUCUCACCUGAGGGCCCCGCUGUCAUCCUCUCUGCCUGGCUCAUCUGGCGGCAAGCCGGCUUACUCGUUCCACGUGAGCGCAGACGGACAGAUGCAGCCGGUGCCCUUUCCCCCCGACGCCCUGCUGGGCCCGGGCAUCCCUCGCCACGCCCGGCAGAUCCACAGCCUGAGCCACGGCGAGGUGGUGUGCGCCGUCACCAUCAGCACGUCCACGCGUCACGUCUACACGGGGGGCAAAGGCUGCGUCAAGGUCUGGGACAUCAGCCAGCCGGGCAGCAAGAGUCCCAUGGCCCAGCUCGACUGUCUGAACCGCGACAACUACAUCCGCUCCUGUAAGAUCCUACCCGACGGCCGCACGCUGAUCGUGGGCGGCGAGGCCAGCACGCUGUCCAUCUGGGACCUGGCCACGCCCACCCCUCGCAUCAAAGCCGAGCUGACGUCGUCGGCGCCCGCCUGCUACGCUCUGGCCAUCUCGCCCGACAACAAGGUGUGCUUCUCCUGCUGCAGCGACGGAAACAUCGUCGUCUGGGACCUGCACAACCAGACGCUCGUCAGACAAUUCCAGGGCCACACGGACGGAGCGAGCUGCAUCGACAUCUCCAACGACGGCACCAAGCUGUGGACGGGCGGACUGGACAACACGGUGCGCUGCUGGGACCUGAGGGAGGGACGGCAGCUGCAGCAGCACGACUUCACCUCACAGAUCUUCUCCCUGGGUUACUGCCCGACGGGCGAGUGGCUGGCGGUGGGCAUGGAGAGCAGCAACGUGGAAGUCCUGCACGUGUCCAAGCCCGACAAGUACCAGCUGCACCUUCACGAGAGCUGCGUGCUCUCGCUCAAGUUCGCCUACUGCGGCAAGUGGUUCGUGAGCACAGGCAAAGACAACCUGUUGAACGCGUGGAGGACGCCGUACGGAGCCAGUAUUUUUCAGUCCAAGGAGUCGUCGUCCGUGCUGAGCUGCGACGUUUCCCCGGACGACAAGUACAUCGUGACCGGCUCGGGGGACAAGAAGGCCACCGUGUACGAGGUGGUCUACUGAGUGAGUGGACAUUCCGGUUGCCUUGACAACCGCUCGCAUAUCCCAUAAUACUGUGGAAGCGCCCCGCACAACAUCUACAGCAUGAACGGGCAGUGGUGCAUACAAAUAAGUCAGAGAAGGACACUACUCACAAAAAAAUGCAAUACUGAGCAAGAUUUCAGGUUGAACCUAAAAUGCACGUUAACCUUUUUAGGUGAACUUAAUUUGACCCUCUCUAAACUUCUGAAUGAAUGUCCAACUGUUCAACGUUUCAGUACUUUUUGCCCAAUUUGUUGUUUUCAAACACGGAGCUGAACAGCAAAAUUCACCAAAGUCCUGGUUAAUCAGAAUUGGUUUUUAAAAAGACCCCUUCAUAUUUUGACAUCACGAGACCAAGACGACAUCUAACAUUUGAUCAACAGUACAACACCAUAAGCAGGUAACAAUCUGCAAAAGAGCUGCAGAGAGACUGGAAGAGUCACUGAAAGGCUGUGGAAGGUUUCACACAUCAAACACCUGUUGUAAAGUUCAGCUCCUUCUUGGAGAAGAGCAAGUUGUUCAAAAAGUGCAGUGUGGUACCUUGAGCGCCCCGAAACCGUCGUUUGGUCGUUUGACGUGAGGCAAAAUUUAAGUGAAGUAAAAAAAAAAAAUAAUAAUAAUAAUAAUAAUUCAGAUAGUGUGAUGCCCUCGUUUGUGGGAAAGGAGAGCCACAUUUGCUGAUCAAUGCACUUUCAGACCUUUACUGAACGGGACAAACUGCCAAAACACUCACAAGGAGCUGCUGUAGGCCACAACUCACGCGCAUACGCUCACACGCAGACUAACUUGCCAACCCGACCCACUAGGCCACACCCCUUAAAGGCACACACCCAACACACAAAUACUGUAGGACGUACUUUGUUUACACUAUAAAAACGGUGGAACGGAUUAAUGGCGUUUCAAUUCAUUUCGAUGGGGAAAAUUGAUUUGAACAAACGGAGCCAACAUUCAACAGUUAAGAGAAGCUCAAAUUAAGUUCACUUAUGCGGCACGGUGGACGACUGGUUAGCGCGUCAGCCUCACAGUUCUGAGGUGCGGGGUUCAAUCCCCGUCCCCGACUGUGUGGAGUUUGCAUGUUCUCCCCCGUGCCUGCGUGGGUUUUCUCCGGGCACUCCGGUUUCCUCCCACAUCCCAAAAACAUGCAUUAAUUGUAGAUUCUAAAUUGACCGUAGGUGUGACUGUGAGUGUAAAUGGUUGUUUGUUUGUAUGUGCCCUGCGAUUGGCUGGCAACCAGUUCAGGGUGUCCACUGCCUCCUGCCCGAUGACAGCUGGUAUAGGCUCCAGCACAACCGCGACCCGAGUGAGGAGAAGCGGCUCAGAAAAUGGAUGGAUGGAUGGAUGGAAGUUCACUUAUAAAGGUUACUGUGCAUUUUCAUCCUGAAAUUUUACCAGAAAGCCCUACAUGCCUCACUUUUUUUCAGGAGUGUAUACACGAGUGUAUGUGUGUGUGCGUGUCCGCGACACACACAGACACACGCACACGAGAGGAAUAUAAAUGAAAAGGAGGAGGCUGUCUAAUGAGCAGUUUCCUGAUUAAGAGCUCAGCAUAUGAAGGGAAGUCCCAAAGCACCAAAACUCCCCAGCCCGCCCCCACCCAACCCCCACACCCAAGCACACACACACACACACGUCACGAGCUGGGAAAAGCGCCCACACCACAAGGGGGGGGGGGGGUUACAUGACCCCACCCCCGCCCAUUCCAGGGAAAGAAACACAGCCAAUUAAACAGCCUCCUUACUUAUUAUACUAUUAUCUCUUACUUCCUUCUGACGACGUCUAAUGAGGGCCACUCUGUUCUCAUGACAGCCAACAGAGGGCCCACUCCUGUGCCCCCCCCCCCCACCCCCCGCCUCUCCUUCAAGUGUUACACAAUGUGUCCUUUUUGCAUUCAUAUCAUUGAUUAUCAACAAUUUUGUACUUGUUUCCAGGCAUUUCUGUCCACUCUUCUUCAUUUCUACCUGCCUGUGUUCUAAUGUGUUCAAGGUAGCCUGUAGCAAACGUGUCAUAUAUAAACAGGACUUUUUUUUUUUUUUUUUUUUGCCAAAACUGCUCACAAUAAUAACUGUAAUUGGGACAAAAUGGAAGAAAUAAAAUCAGCAAAACUAUUUGUUCACCAAGGUAAAUACAGUCUAAUUUCUUCUCCCAUAGGGAAUAAUGUAAUGAGAAAUAAACUGGCAACAUAUUGAAAAUUUAAAGAGCCUGUAAACUGAAUUGAGAUUUGUUUCAUUAUACAUCUGAAGAAUAUUGCUGAAGACGUACAAAGACUGCAAACCACAUAAUUCUGAAUUGCGGCAAUAUAGCGUUUAACAGUUUUUCACUCCAAAAAGUGUGACAGCCAGUAUGUGGACAGGGGCUUUGCGCUUGCACAGCCACUUUAGAGCGGCUCGUUGUCGCCGCAUGGAAAAGCCCCGCGAUGACCCAGUGGGAAAUAUUCCUGCCACCGGUGUAGUAAUGUGUAGGCAUAAGAAAGAUGCUAAUCUAGAAAAAUAUUGACACAAAAUAUUACCUUUUUGUACAACUUUCUAGUAAAUUCUCGUGGGACGAUGGUCGCAAUCACUUGGGAACGCUGGCCUGUUGCACUGAUGUUCAUUUUUAUUUUAUUUUUAUUUUUUUUGGGGUGUAUUUUGUAGUUUGUAAGUACACAGCAAAUAAUUUGGACAUGUGGACGAUGAUGCUUUUGCCUGCCUGCCUUUCUGCCUGUCAGCCACAAUGCUAAUUCUCUCAUUAUCCACACAAGGCUGUAUGUAUGUACAGUAUAUGUAUGAUGGCCAUGCAUUUGCUUUUUUUCUUGUUACAUUUUACAAGCUGAUGUACAGUUUGUUUUUCCCUCGUAAAGGCCGACGGGGCUUUGUCCCGCUGCGUUGUCGUCCCUCCCAUGUGCUGUAUAAACAAGGAUACUAAUGCUAUAAUGUGCGCAAAAUAAACCCAACACGUGU